AUGGACUGGAAGCCAGGACCUGUGCACCCUGUCCCAGAGGGCCAAACAAAUGACCGAUCGGCGACGGGCUUAAGACGACUUUUGCCAGCGGCCAGCAGCAGCGUCGUCGGUCCUAGCGGGGGACAUUUCAAUAACCCUCCCGAGCGUUUAACGAAGCACACUCGACAUCAAGUGCCUGCGGCAUGCCUGCAAUGCCGAAAGCGAAAAGUCAAGUGCUCAGGGGAAAGGCCAUCAUGCCAUCGAUGCUCCCAGAACGAACUCGACUGUGAAUGGGACACGGAGCCCGAUACGCCGCGCGUCGUGUCCAUCCGGAAGCGUAAGGAAGAGCUCGAACGCGAAAAUGAGGACCUGCACGAGCUGUUGCGUUUCUUGCACUCUCGACCAGAGGAGGAGGCCGUUGAGAUUUUCAAGCGGCUGCGAGAAUCCGGCGAUGCGCUACAGGUACUCGAUUUUGUGCGCAAUGCCGACCUGCUCUUGCAGAGACGACAAGUGGUCAAGAGCGCAAGCCCAAACGAUUCCAACCGCUUCAGUGCCGACGUUGACGAUCUGCCAGCAGGCUUUCUAAAAGUCCCUGCGCGGCCAUGGACCACUCUGGCCAACGAUGGCGUCGUCUCGGAGCUUAUAACUGGCUUUUUCAAGUGGGACGAACCCUUUAUCCUGGCGUUUGUAGACCGCGAGGCAUUUCUCGAGGAUAUGCGUGGCUGUCUGCCCGAGACAGCCAAGUACUGCUCCUCACUGCUUGUCAACGCCAUCUGCGCGCUGCGAAGUGUACACAAUUCAAGACGCGCAAAAGCCUAUGGACACGUGAACGGGUGCGAUAUGCGAUCCCUAUUCUUCGAAGAAACGAAACGGCUACUGGACGACGAAAAAGGACGGACAUCGCUAUGCACCGCCCAGGCUCUCUUCAUAAUGUACCUUUCGGCGGCAGCUAUGGGAAUGGACCGUUCCGCGCGUAUGUAUCAACUUGCCGCCUGCGAUAUGGUGCAACAUUUCCGAAUCCCACAUAGCACGAAGGCGAAGGACGAGGAAAAAGAUAGAGGCUUGAUAGCAAAGGCCUUGUGGGGGAUGUACUGCUUCGAGAGUAUUCUUGCCUUUGCCUACCUUCGACCGUCCCUUCUCCAGACACCGCCGAUUCCGCAAAGUUAUAUCAGCCAAUAUACCAAAGAUACGUCAGCUUUCACUCUUAACGACCGUCAAAACGCGGCGCUGCUCAACGCGUCCUGCGGCUUGUCGAUAAUAUUCAAUAAUUCAAUGGAGUACAACGGCCACAUAGAUGUAGAGAAACUGGGAAGCGAAGAAGACAUCAAGAGACGGAUCGAAACCUUCUCCGAAGUACGAGCAUGGCGCGACGCGAUACCCCACGACCUACAGGUCACAGACGCAUUCUACCCCCCAGCAUAUUACUUGAGAGCUUACGAAGACCAAGUCAUCAUGAGCAUAUUCCGGCCUCUAAAGCCGGACUAUCACCUACCAGAGGAUGGGUAUGUGGGCGAUUUGCUCCUAGCAUACUGUGAACGCAGCAUCGCUGGCAUUGAAGAAUAUGAGCGGGCACUCACCCUUCGAGACUGCUCGAGCAUGAUUCUCAUCCCGCUGUUCAAUGCAUCCGUCACGCUGGCGAGGUUGUUGCGUCGUCAAAAGACUCCUGACCUUUUCGCACGGGCAUGCCGAUUGAUACGGGAUCGCGUGGACGAUUUCCCUUGUGCUAGGUUAUUUUUGCAGGGUCUUUUGGCGAUGGCAGCAGAGAGCGGGGAUGAAAUACCAACGGUGGCAAAACAACAUUUCGAAGGACUUCAACUGAACGAGGGCGUGCUAAGGGAUGUGCCAAUCAGCUUCGUCGUUCCAUCCUAUGAGGACGGGAGGGGUGGGCUAGAACGUUGUGAUGCUGGAGUUCAGUUGGGCUAUCUGAUUUCGAAUUGGAGUUCGCUCUUUGCGUCCGAGCGACCCGACGACAGUUGA